CAGGCUCACUUUUCAGUUAAUUCGUUGCUGCUGACGUCACACGGCGAUGGCUUUCAUCUUUGAAACUUCCGACGACGGCUCUAAUGGCGGCGAUCCAACCAAGAAUCCGCAACAAGAAAAAGAAGAUAAUCAAAACGAGAAUCCGCAACAUGUUGAAGAGAAUCCACAAGAAGUUGAUGAGAAUCCACAAGAAGUUGAAGAGAAUCCACAAGAAGAAGCAGAGAAUCUUCCUCCGAUUCCUCAAGAAAUCCCAGAAGAACUCAUCGAAAGUACAGUCGCACUCGUCCGGAGUUGUCAUUACCCGUCGCUAUCUCUCCUCUCCAAAGCCUUUCGUCGCGUCAUAUCUUCUCCAGGUCUCUACCACAGCCGCUUGCUCCUCGGCCUCACCGACCCGGUUCUUUACGCCUUGAUCGGAUUCUCUCCUUAUAAUACCACGAGAUUGUACAUUCUCAAUCGAAACAUUCCAAGAAAUAUCUCUUUACGACUGAGCGAAAUCGGUUCACUUCCUCCUCUGAAUCAUGGAUCUGCGGUGGUCACAAUCGGAUACGAUAUGUAUUUGCAAGGUAUGUUAAUCUUUGAUGCGUAUGGACUAUUUAACGGUUUCUUGAGCCCCAAGUCUUAGUUAGACUUUCAUGAACUUGCAGGUGAAGGAUCUUUUUAUUACAUCUACUGUUUUAGCAGCUUGUUGAUAUGAAGGAAAAGUGAUGCAGAAGCUGUGCAAAAAUGUGAAUACUCUUACAGAGUUAGCCUUAUGUAGAGUCAGCCACUCUUUGUACUAAAAUUCUUACGAGACUUGUUGAAAUGCAUAUCUGGUUUAGCUAUCUUCUGGUUUUUUGUGCUGUUGCACUAACAUGGUCUCAAGUUCUUUUUUGUUGUUGUGAGAUAUAUAACUCUUCAGUAAAAGUAAUCACAAUCA